AUGGCCAGGGCUUCCGCUGCAUACUGGCUGCUGUCCCUCCUUGUGCUUGCACAGAAGGUCGUCGCCCAAGAUCCGACGGCAACGCAGAACACAGAUACCGCGGCUCACACGCCGAAUGCAGGGUACAAUGGCGGCGACGACAACCCAUUGGACCCUAGUGAUGCGGGAGCUGCGGGUGCUCAGAAUGGCGGCUUCUCGCUCUCGAAAGGUGGACUGGCGGCCAUUAUCGUCGUGAUCAGCGUCGUAGUCGUUGUUGGAGGUGAGACCAUCGUUGCAUCCGUUCUUUGGACGCAAGUAUUAACAUCCCAUGCAGUCGCUUCCGCCGUCCUCUUCUGGCUCGCAAAGAAACGGCAAUGGGACGUCCGCCAGUCUCUGCGGCGUGCGUCUCGCCGUAUCACAGGCCGCUCGACCGCCGAUUUGUCUGCUGCAAAACGCCAGAACCGUCGGACAGGUGUUCGUCUUGACUCGCCUCCCGCAGGGCGACGGAACAGACCCGGCCCGGAGAAAGACCUUGAGAAGGGACUGUCGGAGAACCCACAACACGGCACGACAACGACGAAGAUUACCAGCACGUUUGAUUUGGAUACCCCGACGCCCAAGGCUGGCUGGAAAAUGAAGAUGCCGGGGGGAAAGAAGUGA